AAUGGUAAAUGGCAAACAUAUAUGCUCUGAUCCAGAGGAUCCUUGGGCCAUACAAGUCAUAAAGAUAGUGACUGGAAGAACAACCACAAAAGCGCCCAAUACCCCACCAUCGACUUCUUCUACAAGUUGGACAACAACUACUACAAGCACAUCUACACCAGAAAUAAGUACAACAAAUACAAUAACCACAACAACACCUAAAGGAACAUCAACCACAUGGAAAACAACAACAAACAUCACUGAUACAUCUUCGCCCAAACAACCACUUGGUCAACAGUUGUCUCAAUGGACAACAACACAAAUUACGAGAGCGAAGAUGACUACUACUGCGGCUAGGAAGCCAGUGAUAACUGAUAACAAGACGACUUCCACGACUAUAAACAGCUAUACAAACUAUACAGAAACAACUAUAACAACACCAACCACAAGUAAAACAUCCAUCAAACAUAUAUUACUGAUACCAGAGCAAUCUAGGACAACUACCAAGUUACCACUAUGGCAAAUAAUGCCAAGCACCACUGAAAGAUCAUUAAAUGACAGAAAGAGCGCCUCAAGAACACCCAAUAAUACACCAACACAAAUGUCUACAAGCUUGACCACUGAAAACUGGAGAGAAUCCACUAUAACACCUACACCUGUACCAGAGACAUAUAAAUAUACAAAAAGCACAGUGACCAUGACUGACAGCACACCAUCUACAACAUACAUCAAUCAUACAUCACUGAUGAUGGAAUCUUCUCGGAAAAUCAAAACGCAAAACACCAAAAAAACAGAAUCUAAUGAAAAUAGAAAGCAAAAGACGAUCGUGAUAUCCCAAAUACCAGAGAAGGAAAGGGAAGCACUGGACUGGACAGAACAUUUUUGUCAGUGGUCAGAGAUACAAGAAACACGGUACUGUUCCUUUUACUAUGAUUAGCCUGAAUUUAUUUAUGAUUUUCUAGUCACACAGUUUUGGACAUUUACUGAAAAGUAUGCACAUUUGUAAAUUAGUCGUUUAAUGGUUAAUAUAAAUGUAUCAUGACAUUUAUUUAUGCCACGAUCAAGCCAAUAAACCUGUAUGACUAAAAUGAGGGGACUUUAUUUUUUUUAUUUUUUUUUUAAUAAUUAGAAAUGUUAGCUUGUGUGUGCAUGUUUGAUAUUAA